GUUUAGGGUCAAGAACCCUAAAACCUCUCAUGAUUUGUUUAUCUUCACCUAUUAGAUCCUUUACUAGUGGCUAAGUAGAAAAAUCUUCGUAGUGCUCCAUCAACUCAUUCGAAUCCUUGUACUUAUACCUCGGGGUAUCUGAUAGACCGUUAAUUACACAUGUUUUUACCCCUGUUCUUACACCGUUUGAGAUGUGAUUUCUCGUGUUUUAGGCUGAUUUCACGCUAAGUUGUGCUUGUUAGUGAUAUUUCAGGUCCUAGUACGUGAAUGGAGGCUUGGGGGCGAGUUUGGGGUCGAUUGGAUGAAGAUUGGGCGCGAGGCAAGCCGAUGAGGAAGCCACACGGGCACACAUAACCAUGACACGGCCGUGUGGAGGAGCAAGGUGGCCGUGCGAGUUUCGCCGAGAGCAAACACGGGCAGGAUGGAAAUCCCACACGGCCGUGCGACCCUGGCCGUUUGGGAAGCCUGAAGAUCGAACUAAUUGAUACGCCGCGUUUUGACUCACACGGGCAACUGGGUGAGCCACAAGGCCGUGUGGCCUGCCCGUGUGAGUCGGGAAAUCUUGGUUUUUCAGCCAAUUUCGAGCCACAAGGGAGAGGAUCGGACUUUUUGAGCAAAAACAGAGCCCUAGAGAGAGAAAGGACGAAGAACACAUCCUAGAAGCUAUCUUGGAGCUGGGUUUCAUCGAAUCGAGCUUGGAGAUCGUCCUAGGAGUGGAAAUCAUCAUCCCGGAGCAGAUUUUCCUCAUCUUUAUGAGUAUGACUAAUCCGAUUACUGUUUUCCUCUCUCUCUCUAUGGAGUAGAACCCCUCUCUCAUUUGGGGAUGAAGAACCCUAGUUCUAUGUGUUAGGGAUUGAUUGUAAUGACUUGGGAUGAUAUUACUGUUUGAUUUUAAUCGAAUGAUGCAUGUUUAUUGAGUCAAUUGAAGUCUGAUCAACUUUUCCUGAUUCCUGCUGCAAUCUGAGAUAGAUAGAAUCUGAUUAGGUUGCUAGAGUCUCAUCAUUCGGUAGUAGGAGAUUGGCUAUACGAGAGUUAGCCAGUUUACUGCUUUGUACUGGAAUCCAAUUCCAGUAGUGGAGUUCUGUUCUUACUGCUUCAGCUUUCUAUCCCUGUGAAGACUAGUCGUCUGCCGGGUAGUUAGACUGAGAGGGCUUGGUCAGCUUAAGAGAUUCCAAGCUACUGUCGGAUCUUCCGCAGUCUAAUCAACAUUAAAUCAACCCAGGAAAAUACAAUUGAAACCUAACUAAGGAGCUAGGGGGACUCAUUCCCGAGUGACUCUUACCUGCUUGAGAAAACCGUAUCAAUUCCUGCUUUCUUUCUGCUUUUGCUUUUACACAACAAACACUUAACUUAGUUGGCUAGAUAAUAGAUAAUCACUGAGUAAGCAGUAGAUCUAGACCCCGGGUUGAUAAUAGAACUUGCCACUUUACUGCAGUCCCGGUCUGCGAUUACACUUGGUCGCAGAUUGGUGUUGUGUUUUAGAGCAUCAAGUUUUUGGCGCCGUUGCCGGGGACUCUCUAGGUUAUUGGGAAAACGUGAGAAUUUGUUACUCUAGCUUUUUAUUUAUUGCAUUUUAUCUCAUCCACCUGUGUGUCUUCACGGGUUGCUUCUGCUGAUUGUGUGCAGGUAGUGCAUGACCCGUAGCCAGUCGGGAGAACUACGACCAUUAGACCAGGAGCUUGAGCGAACCUGCAGGAACUUCAAGCGUGCUCUAAAGGCGCGACUGGCUGCAGAGGAGGCGCUAUCACAGCUGCAGUUAGAAGAAGAAGAAGAAGAGAUGGCUGAUCCAGAGAAUCAUAAUGUGAUCCCCGAGGAGCAGACCAUGGGAUCCUACUGGACCGCUAGAGCUGCGGACAUGAGGUCACCCAUUCAACAUCCUCAUGUCCCAGCCAACAAUUUUGAGGUGAGCACCUCAGUAAUCACCAUGCUGCGCGGUUCAGUGGUGUUCCGUGGCAAAGAGGGGGAGUUCCCUCGAUCACAUCUCAGGCGAUUCCAUGAGCUCAUCGAUGGAAUCAAGAUCAACGGGGUCCCAGCAGAUGCCAUCCAGCUGAGGUACUUCCCAUUCACCCUGGAGGGGCAGGCCAAGGAGUGGCUAGACACUCGACCUCUGGGCUCCAUCACCACGUUCGCCAACCUGGAGGACAAGUUCCUUACCCGCUACCAUCCUCCGUCGAAGACGGCGGACUUGCAGAAGCAGAUCACCCACUUCACCCAGGAUGAAGAUGAGACCAUCCGGGACGCCUGUGAGAGAUACAAUAGCCUCUUUCUGAGGUGUCCCAAUCAUGGUUUCAACGAUGCUUUCAAGGUGGGCACCUUCUAUCACGCCCUCUUCCCAGAAGACAAGCAGUUGAUUGACUCAGUUUGUGGCGGGAACAUGCUGACCAAAACACCGCCACAGCUGAAUUAACUCUUUGAGGAGAUGGCAGAGAACGGGUAUGAUUGGGGCACGGCUAGGAGGUCAAGGA